AUGCCGACGAACACGUUUCAAUUCGAAACUUGCGAUGUCCAGUUUUGGAAGAACGAUAAUAGUGGCGAGGCGGAGCAGGCGAGAGCCACUGCUGCACAUGCCACGUGGCGACAGAGGAACGGGAGUACCCGACGGCGGCAGGUACGGCUUUAUAAUUGUGAUGAGCGUAAUCUAGACAAUUUGUACUGUAUUUUUGCAGUUGAUCACUUUUUUGUACGAUCACUCCUCGGCGUACUGUAGCCCUGGGAAGUUGGCGCUGAAAUGCACGCGCUGCAAACGUGACUCAACUUCAAAUCGCUACAGUAGUCCGGGGAGUGGUCGUGGAAAAAAAGUGACAAUUACAAAAUUAAAGUUCAUAUCUUGGUUAAUAUUUUUGUAGUUGACAGUGUUUUUGUACAACCACUCCCCGGGCUACUGUAAGUCUUUGAAGUUAACACUAGGCAAAGUCGCAUAAAUUUCAGCGCCAACUUCGAAGAGCUACAGUACUCUCAGAAGUGGUUGUACAAAAAAGUUGUCAACUACAAAACUGAAGUACUAAAUGUCAAGAUAUCAUAAAAUAACACCCACUGUCAGAAACUUGAGAGACGCCGAGAAAAAGUGGGAUUAACUAUUGUGACUUUUGAAACCGGAACUGUUUAGUCAUGGUCAUCGGGCCAGGAUUAGACCCGCCUAGGAUGCGUGGAAAAUGUAUGCAAAAUUGUUGACUCAUAAUAUCAAUCGAAAUUCCCAAAGGAUUAGGGUCAAUAUGAACCUUUUUUGUUCAAAAUUACCGAAAAAACCCCUUUAGGCCGCCCACGCAAUUCCGGAAGAAGUGGCCGUCUCAUCCGGACAGUAUUCUGUGGCCCAGGCACGUGGAAACGAGCAUUUGAGCGAUGUGCGACAAGAGAUUCAACGAACUUUCUACACAGUCGUCACGAAACCGCAAAGGUGAUUUUUCGCUUCGGGGUUACGGUAGUCAACAACUGCAAAGUGUGCAAACACCGCGACGCAAAAGUGCACAACUCGCAUCGUGUGUUACGCUUAAAAACAUUAAAAAUGUGGUGAAAGAGACGCAGCGAGCGGGCGGGCAUUGAGCGUUUUUUGUAAAGUUCGGCUCCGAGCGGCUCCGCGAUGAGCCAAUAUAUCUCUCUUAGUUAGAUGUCCGUCCACUCGGACCCACAAUAUCCGAUUUCAUCACUUUUUUGCGAAAAGUUGUCUUUAUUUUCUGAUUUUCCGUUCCGUGUUUGGUGCGCCGCGCGGUGUUCUGUACGCCCUCGCGGUCGCCCAACAGGUCGGGCAGUCAUGUCCGAGUGGUUAAGGAGAUUGACUCGAAAUCAAUUGGGCUUUGCCCGCGUAGGUUCGAAUCCUGCUGACUGCGAAGUGUAUUUUGCUUUUUUUUUGCCAGGUGCCAGGUGUUGAAUCAGAUCGGGCGUUCGUUGAAACUCGUCAGAAAUGUCAGAAAUGCAUAAGAAAAACGCUCACUUGCUCAUCGUUUUUCGGUGAUCAUGUUGAACCUGCCGUUUCGCAAUUAAAAGUAAAAGUCAAAUACACAGUCUUUUCGGCACUUGUGUGCGUGUCGGUGUCUUUCAUGUUUGUGCUCUAUCUCUCACACUUUUAUCUCUCUUUUUCGAGUACCGUACCUCUCCAAAAAGUUAGGAGGGCAGUUUCUAGACGUGUCUCGCCCGUCGGCGGCUCUCCGCGCGAUCCCCCGAUCACUUUCAUCAUCAAUCCAAGCGUCGGCAGUGCCGAAAACUGUCGAGAAUGAGAUAUGAGAUGCACUAAUUACUCGGCUAAUUAGCAUUUUCAUCAUAUUAUCCGGCCUUUUUCGAAAAAAUAAACAAUGGGCGCCAAGUGUUGUGCUCCAUCCAGCUGCAAAGUUCGGAAAAGGUAAGUGUAGGCCUAAAAAUUUUUGAGUGGAUAAUUGACGAUUAGUACUGUAUUUUUGCAGUUGACACUUUUUUUAUACGACCACUCCCUGAAGUACUGUAGCUCUUGGAAGUUGGCGCUGAAAUGCGCGCGCUGCAAACGGGCCGUAACUUCAAAGCGCUACAGUACUCCAGGAAGUGGUUGUAGACAAAAAGUGUCAACUAGAAAAUUAAAGUUCACAUUUCGAACUAAACUUUUUUAGUUGACACCUUUUUUAUACAACCACUCGCAAGCCCACUGUAGCUCUUGGAAGUUAAAGUUCAAAUAAAGAGAGCUUCCAGUCCGUUAGGAAAAUGGUUGUGAAAAAAAUCAAUAAAUCAUAUAUCGAUUUGCAGACUGCUCGACGAGUAUGAAGCGCAAGAAGUGUACGUGCCGAGCAGAAGCGUCUCUCAGGAUCCGGCGGAGACGGCACGCCGGAGGGACAGCACGGUUCGGGUGUCCGUUCGAUCGGAAGGAUCCGCCAAUGGACACAUUCGGACGGCGAACACGACUGCCGGGGCGUCAUUGACACUGCCACGUGUCAAAAAUCACACGAUCCGCGCGACGGACACGGUUCCGAUUGUGCGCGUUCCGCCGAGACCGUCGCCUUCUCGCGUCGAAACUUCGCAUGUUGUGUGAGUCGUUUUGAGCUACAGUAAAAGUUGUCAACUACAAAAAUAAAGUAUUAGAUGCCAAGAUUUUGCAAAAAAAAAAGUUUCUAAGACUCUUUGACUUUCAGCACCGGAUCGUUGAGCCGAAAACUGAACGACGUGUCCGGCCGAAGUGUGGUCCGCGACUCGCAAUCCGGACGGGCGAUGAUGGCAUCACGCGCGGGUAGUCAACCGCCCGCAAAAGUCACUUAUCAGUACAAGUAGGCGGAAGGGAUUACUGUCGUUUUAAUGGGGGUUUUUGUGUUUGUUUCAGGGUAGAUGCUUCGGAACGCCGCAUCGAGUACAGGUAUCACUCGGAGACGUUGCUCUAUGAUUUCGAAGAAACCACGUGAGUUGCUUUGUUUCGUUCAUUGAAAAACGAGAAGAGUUGGUUGCUUGGUUGCAAAACGUCAGUGAGCUAGUUGCAAAGUGUCCUAGGAAGAUGGAUAGUUUCGUUCAAAGUCUCGGAAAACCCGCAAAUCUCGCGGAUUUUGCGCUCCAAAAUCGGCAGAAAUUUGCGGGAAAUCCGGGGUGCACACAGCUGAACGAGUGUUACCGUACACCGUAAAACUACGGUAUUUUUUGGAAAAAUUUAAAUUUCUCGACAAUAUUUGAAAAUUUUCAAAUUUUUUGGGUAAAUUUUCACCGGUAUUUUUUGGAAAAAUUUAAAUUUCUUGAGAAUAUUUGCAAUUUUUUUCCAAUUUCUUGGGUAAAUUUUUCAACGGUAUUUUUUGAAAAAAUUUAAAUUUCUCUACAAUAUUUAAAAUUUUUCGCAUUUCUUGGGUAAAUUUUCAACGGUAUUUUUUGAAAAAAUUUAAAUUUCUCGACAAUAUUUGAAAUUUUUUUCAAAUUUCUUGGGUAAAUUUUUCAACGGUAUUUUUUUGGAAAAAAAUUUAAAUUUCUUGAGAAUAUUUGCAAUUUUUUUCAAAUUUCUUGAGUAAAUUUUUCAACGGUAUUUUUUUGGAAAAAAAUUUAAAUUUCUUGAGAAUAUUUGAAAAUUUUCAACGGUAUUUUUUGAAAAAAAAUUUAAAUUUCUCGAGAAUAUUUGCAAUUUUUCAACGGUAUUUUUCGAAAAAAUUUAAAUUUCUCAAGAAUAUUUGAAAUAUUUCAAAUUUCUUUGGUAAAUUUUCAAAAAAUCCCGUUGUUUUAUGGUGUACGGUAACACUCGUUCAGCUGUGCGCCCUCCCGGAUUUCCCGCAAUUUUCUGCCGACUUUGGACGGCAAAAUCCGCGAGAUUUGCUGCGUUUCCGAGACUUUGGACGCGGCGUUAGAGCUUCAAAAAUUUCGACCCGGGGCACUAGUUGCAAAGUGUGUCGCACCGGUUGCAAAACGUCCCCCCUCCCCUCCCGUACCACUUUUUUUUCUUGCAGAAAACGCGAACAACUCGAAACGUGGCAAAGCCAACACCGUGCUCCCGCGUCCGGAGCCACCGUAACGACAGUUCGAAAAACGAAAAGUCUUCAGGAGACGACAGAUCCGCUCCAAGGUACGCCCACCACUUUUUUUUUUGUUGGGUGCCCUUUGAAAAAGUGAUAUGACAAACUGACAACGCGAUUGAAAAAUUUAAAUGAAUGACCGAGUUCAAGUUAACGCUUCUUGCUGCUGCUGUUUGGGGCGAGCGCAGAGGAUAUAGUAGGAUAAGACAAAUAAAAAAGUGCGUGGGGGCGCCUGAGAGAGCGUCAAAGUCGGCGGAGACGGCAGACAACUCUUGUAGUAGAAAGGAAGUACACUUGUACAAUCGGACAUCCAAACAUCUCUCGCUUAUCUCCUCUAUCUCUUCUCUCCGACUACCGGUUUUUCGGUGGUUUUGUUGGGCUCCACAUUUUGUGUCUAACUUCUUUUGCUGGGGGGAUAUUUCACACUUGUAACUAGCCUACAAUCGUUUUAACACUCUCAAAACUGUUUUCUAACCACCUGUCGACUCAAGAUAAAGGUUUUCCCUCUGUCUUUCUCUUCUCUUUACCCUCUUUUGGGUAACAUCGUGUUUGGGAAUGUUGACAAUGUGCUGCUAAUCAGUACAUCACACAUACACACACUUUUAGCCUUACACGACACGUUUUCCACUCACCACGUUUCAUUUUCUCCUUACUAACCAACCUUGUCACCUUUUUUUUUGAAAAUCCCGGUUUUAUUCGUCUAAAAGUUGUGAAAAUUUGACACCAUACUCUUCAAACUGACAAAAAUCGAUUAGACAUGUCGGAAAAUUGAACUUGAGCAAAAAAUUUUCAAACUUCUAGCUCCACUCAGCUGAUUAGGGUUUUUUAUAGGAGCAAUAAGACAUUUUAGCGAUGUUAUAAGAUUCGGGUUGUUGUGAAAAUGUGAAAAGAAAAGACGAGGAAAGAGGGUGUGACAGGUGUGACAUUCUUGAACGGUCCCUGGCCCGGUCAUGUUGGGCUUUAGGGACCAACAUUUCAAAAAACCAAGUUGCAAUCGUCGACGGGCUGUGAAAAUUCGACACCAUGCUCUUAAAACGGACAAAAAUCGAUUGAACAUGUCGGAGAAUCGAACUUGCGCCAAAUAAUUUGACCCAAAUUUUCAAUUCCAAGCCAGUGAAAACUGUGAAAUGCACAUUUUAUGUUGAAGAUUAUCGACCACCAAAUAGUGUCCGAAAAAUGCAACACUUUUCACAUUCCACACCGAAAAUGUCCGUCUAUUGAUAGGUCUCCUCGUUGUGUGCGUUGAUAUAAUUGAUAACACACAUUUGUGCUCUCCUCCUCCUCCUCCUCCAAAAGGCGUCAUCAACACAAAAAAGGUGUGUGUGUGUGUGUGUGUAUGUACGAGCCACAAAGCGUAAAAUUAUUUGGAGUUUCAGUCAUCACACCUGACUUGUAGAGCAUUUUUUUGACGCCGCACUAUUUCUAUGCACCAUGUUCUUAAGCGUAAUGGUGAUUUUUUGCCUUAACUUCACACGUUUUAUUUUAGAAUUUCUUUGUAAGCAAAUUAUGAUCCGCUUAGAGUUAGACUCUCAAAUACAAUGAUGAUUUUAAUUUGGUACACCAGGAAAAAAGUAUCUUUUCUUAUGACCCUGUUGUAAAUUAAUGUAUUGCUCGGAAAUAGUGUCAUAACUUGCGAAUACGAGAUUUUUGAGCGAAACGUCCAAUUACAAAGUUGUUUAGCGUAAAAUUUUCUGAAAAUUAUCAGUUUAUCACUUUUUGAGAUAACUAUUGGUUCUCGAGAUACAGGCCUUCAAAGCUAGACGAUGAGUAGAAUAGUGUGACAGAGAAAAAUCGAUAAAAUUAAUUCUCUUGAAAUAUUCGCUUUGAAAAAAAAGUUAGUUAGUAAGUUAGUAGGACCACCCAAAGGACCCAGGUGGUCAUUCAAUUUUACUCAUUUUCAACAGCCCUCUCAUCUUUUUUUCGAAAAACUUUUCUUCAUCCUAACCCUCUUGUCUAUUUUAAUCAUAAUUCGAAUGUGACUACUAUCCAGUACUAACAUGGACUCGCAACGACGUCUUCCGCGAAUUUAUCACGAUUUCGAGGAGGACGACGAUGCGGAUUUCCGGUCGAGCACGUGGAAUUUCAUUGAAAAUUCGUCGCGACGAUCCGAGAGUUUUGUGGGAACGCCGUCGCGGCCCGACAUUUUGGGCGGUCGCGGAAUUUCGAAUGGUCUCGAGACGACAACGGGCUUCAGAGAGCUGCCGAGCACGUAUGUGUGACUAACAAAUCGACUUGUAUUCUUGAACUUUUUUUCGCAUUUUUCUUGCACUCUAUUAGCCGACUAGUAGCAUUUAGGCCGGUGAGUGCGACACGCACAGCAUCCACAUAUCAGUUUCACUACGUGACACGACGCGUGAGCACCGGAGCCCGACACACGACCGUCGAGCUCGAGCACAGUGCUCGCGAUUUGCCCAACGAGAACGAACAUCGGGUGGAGGUGAGAAAAAUAUAUGUAAAAUCGAUUAAAAAAAAAUUGAAGAACUUGCCACGUUCGAAUUGAUAGACAAACGCGUGUUAUGGGGCUAUUCAGCGCACGGUCUCCCACGGCGGCGCGAAUGAUUUCAAUGGGGCGCACUUGCAACAUCCGGGCUGUGUCGAUUUACGCGGCGGCGGCCGAUUAAUAAAUUUUCAACGAGAGGCCGCGUUCUUUCCAUGUUUUCUGUACAAUACACCUAUUUUUUGUACGCCUGGAACCUGGAUUCGAAUAAUUAGAGCACUAGCUACGUUUUGGUAACAGAAAUCUCGCAUAUCGUUGAGAAUUAGCCGAGUUAUUUCGAUUUGAAGGUUUUGGCCUGGAUUUUGAUGUUUUUCGAAUAGUUUUCGCGAAAACUGCUCAAGAAAACCAACCGCCGGAACCUGAAUUUUGUGAAGAAAGAUUCCGCGAACAUUUUUAUCGUUCGUUGGGCUCAUGAAAUGUAAAAUAAGAUGAAAUAUAAAGGUUUGAAGUUUUGACGAAAUGCGAAAAAGCCGCUAAAAACAUGAAAAACUCUAAAUUCUGUAAAGAACGGUUUCCAAUCAGUAAAAUAUUGUUUUCUAGACGUUUUUCAAGUCAAAAAGAUAGAAAUAAGGGUCGUAAACGCGAAUUGAACUGCAUUUUUAGACGUGCAAAUUUUUAAAAGUUACAACGACACUCCGCAAUUUACGAGCGCACUGUGUUUCGCAUUAGCGCCCUGGGAGACCGUGCAUCGCUGAAUUCGAUUUUUUGACGUAAAAAAACGAAAAAAAAAACGGAAAGCAAUCAUUUUUAUCACAGCCUGAAUAACCCCAUUAGUCACUUGACAAAUCGUGCGUAAACUUUUAGCGUGAAAUCCCGGUGCAGAUGGUGGUGGGAAAUGGCACCGGCUACUCUCGAUACUCUCUAGCCGCCGACGUCGUCCAGCGAUGCUCGACGGGCGGCAUCUCGCCCCAACAGCGUCUUUCCAGCUACUCACUGCACAGCAUUGUCGGUAAGCGCUUGAACUCGGUCAUUUUUCGGGUCAAAAUAUUGGGGUUGUUUGAAAAAAUUUGAAAAAAGGGCGGUUGUCAGUGUCGGUCACAAAAAUGAGGGAAAAUCGGUCAAAACGUUGGGCUUUUCCGAAAACGAACAGUUAACGCAACGUGUAUGCAAAAAAUGUGCAUAAACAACCAUUGUUCCCAUUCAUAAAAAUAGACGUUUAUGCCGUUUUUUCGCCCUUCCCGCUCAACUUGUCUACACACGCUUAUUUGUUGGAAACUCUGCAAUCCGCUUGUCAAGCAAGCAACACUUUUUCGCAGUUUUUCCACAAACACAAAGAGGGGGGCCACCCGGGCGACGCGUGCCGUACGCAACGAAAAAUAAUCCGUUCCGCACACACGCGAGUGCACGGAAACUUCUGGAAACUGGUGGCACCGCUCAUUUCGCUCAUUUUCCAAAUGCCAAAGUAGCCGAAUUGCUGGCUGACUUUUUCUUUUUUUUUGUUGUUGUUGUUGAAGAGCUGAACGAAAUAGGUGAUUCUCACGUUGUUUUGUCCGAAUUCGCGCUCUUUAAUAUAUUUUCAGUGCACGCUUUUGAAAGUCGGGUGCAAAGCGUCCGGUUGGCGCGCGCGUUUUCAGUAGAAAUCAAAAUUUCACAAGCAUCCGAGCGGCAUUUUUGUUUCGCUUCUCGCCUCAUUUACAUGUACAUAUCAUGAUAAUUCACGAGAAUUCUCUGUCCAUUGCGUACAAUUGGUACUUUUCAUUUGCGUAAACGGAUUAUCGCCUCCUCCUUCUUUUCCGUUCAGCUUGACCUUCCGCGUCCCUCCUGCGCGCGCACGCGUAUAUAACUUUGACUGUCUGUGCGACUUUGACUGUCUUGUUGUCUAUAUUAUCUGUGAAUAUUUAUUUAUAUUACUAGCCAGUCAGUGUCACCUCCCGCUUUCGCAUACGAGCCGUCGUUUCGUUCUUUUCGCACCUUUUCGCUACUGUAAAUUGUAUUUUAGACGGAAUUUUUUAUAGUUUUCGGGAGAGAAACUCAUUUUUGUGAUUUUUCGUUGCAAAAGUGUCGAAAGAACAGAGAUUUAGACGGAAUGAGUCAGACUUUUGCCGCAAAAAAAGAGAGAGAACAUUUUUGACAAUUUCUUGCCUGUUGACUCAUAAAAUCUCGUCUUUGAGCAGUAUUUCAACAUAAAGCACACAUUUCAAACGCUUCACUUGCUUUUUUCUCUAUUUUCUGCUAAUUUUCAACCAACAAUCUGACUUUUUUGUGAUUUUUAGCUGAAAAAUCUGAAAAACUUGUUUUUGGAUUACGGUAGAAGUGGAAACUGUGCAAAACACCGUCACGUCAGAUUGCAUACGUUAGCCGCAGCUUCAAAUUUUUCAGCCAAGAACUUGUUUUUCUUCCAAUUUCGUGCUGAAAAUGGCAACAUUUCUCAUUUUUCGAUUGUUCCGCUCGUAUUCUUGAUGUUUCCAUGUAAAAAAUGUGCACAAAAUCCAGGGAGAGAGAGAGAGAGCUUACGUGAAAACGCGUUUUUUGAAAACCUCGAAAGUUCCUGAUUUUUUGCUCUAUUUUCUCGAAAAUCAUUCUAAAAUGUAAGUAACUCAAAAUUUUCCAUAGUUUUCCUUCAAAAAGCAACAAAAUCUGUACGCGAUUACAUAGGUUUUCUCAUUUUUUAAAUCCAAUUUAUCGCAAAAAGCGGCCACCGAAGUGUCAGUGCUCUGGCAGCAAGAAACAACUGACCCCUCUUUCUGUUGAAUCAUCAACAUCAAUAACCUUUCGGACCCGGAUUUUCUGUCGAAAACGAAGAAGAAAUCCGGGUGAAUCAUCCCUCGUCACACCAUUUUAUCGGUGAUCCGGGCGGCGGCGACGGGCGGGUGUUCGAAUUGAAAAGUGGCGGAUUGCUUGACCGCCUGCGUCUCCGCUCACCACUUUUUCUGUGUUCGCAGCCGUUUCUGCUGCGUACCAGGCCCAAACAGCAGUAGACCGUGAGGCUGAUGGCCAGGUCAACGCUCCCUUCUCUCUCUCUCUCUCUCUCUUUCCCUCUUCUUCCCUCUUUUUCCUCCUCAGCCGCUAAGGACGCGGCUUUUUCCGGCGAUUGCGCAAUGCAACAUUUUCAAAUUUCGCUCCUCGUCUAUCCUUUUCAUUUGUUUUUAAUGCUUCCCCCCAUCCUUUGCUCGUUUCAGUGAGAAAAACAAGAACUGUCACGAGAACAGAAGGAGCCCCUAAUAAUCAUAGGAAUUUGAUAUUAGUGGUCUCCUAAAUGGUUGGCGAGAGGUAUCGUAGUCAGCAGCCGUCGGGCGCAUCCGCCGACCCAUCGGACGCCUUCGAAAAAGAGGUGCUCGAUCAUUAUGAGCUCAACAGAGAAAAGUAUAAUGGUAAGCUUUGAAAAAUUUGGGUUUCUCACGAUGUUUACACUUAAAAUUGAGUUUCUUGCGAUUAGGAUAAUGGGCCUAGCCGUUCUAGGCCUUAAUUUUGAAAAUCUCGGCGAAAAACACUUGUAAUAACCAAACAUAGCCGUUUUCAUCUUGAAAAAAUUCAUUUUGGUCAUCUCCUUUAUUUUUUGACCUGCAACAAGCUUCUCAUGUCGUAAUUUUGAAAUUUUCUGUCAGAUUCUGUCUAAAUCAAGCGAUUUUUGCUCAGUCUCAUCGUUUCUAGAUCAUUUUUAGCCCUCACCUCGUGCGAAGCUCGUUUUCUCUUCGAUUUCUCCGAUUUCCGUCCCAUUUCGUCGGUUCUUUGCGUAAAUGCGCGCGUUCCUCCUCGUUCAUCAUCGAACUUUGCGAAUUGACAAAUUUACGGUCAUUUUUCAUAAAAGUUUUGACCUUCCUUUUCGACUUUUUCCUCCGGACCGAUUAAUCAGUGUCAUUUAACGAAUUCAAGGUUGAAAACACGAAAACACACACACACACACGCAUAUAUCUUGAUUAUGGGGCUAUUCAGCGUAUGUUUGUUUUCCGUUUUUUUCGUUUUUUUACAUCGCUGAAUUGAAUUUUUUGACGUAAAAAAACGAAAAAAACGGAAAACAAUCAUUUUUUUCACAGCCUGAAUAACCCCAUUAGAAAUCCGCCCGAUUACCAUCACUUUUUUUCUCCUCGAAAAACCGUUGCAAACGACGCGAUUCGAAUCGCAUUUUGGUGGUGGUGGCGAAUGGGUCACAAAGUUGACAAAUAUGACCACGCACGCGGAAAACCAAACAGAAACGGUCAAAGAAAUGUGACCCCUCUUCGCAUUACGCGUUCUCUCGGGCCCGAUUUUAUUAUAUAAAAGUGAGGGAGGCGCGUGUCUCAAGAUUCGCCCUCUUUGCGAUCAUUUACAAGUGAGACGGAACACGAGAGCUUACGGUUGAUCUAGAAUCUGGAAAUUUCUUUGAAAAUCGCAUUUUACACAAUCUUGACCUAUUUUUUUUAGUUCUAGUUUACAAAUUUCAAUGCGACAGCACCGAUUUUCACACAUUUCUCCAUCCAAGUUGUAAUUUGCACUUUGCAAUUUGAAAAUGAUACAUUUUGGGCCAAUUACAACGUUCGCCGCAAUCCCUCAAUUAUCCGGUCAUUUUCUCCUUUGUACCUGUAUUCGGCAACGAAAAAGUGUAGAAUUAGCCGCAAUGAAGCGAAUUGGAAGACUUUGAGAGAUUUGGAGGGGUUCUUGACGAGUCUGAAAGCUCGGAGAGUGGAUUAUUCGGUCAAAACAGCGAAAUGUUCUGCAAAACGUGUGAAUUUUGUGAAUUCUCGUGCUCCGUUUAUCUAAACGUGUAUUUGACUCGAUUCAGAUGUACUGUCGACCCAAAACUGUCAAGUAGAUUUAGUGGAGUGGACCGCACUAAUCCGAAAAGUGUCACGGUCUUUUUCUUCUUCUCUUUCUCUCUCUCCCGGUUCCGUUCUCGUCGAGAUCUGAUUUGAUAUGGUGGUGAACACGCACACACACUUGACUAUUGUAAUGUUCCGCAAAAGGACCGCCCAUGGUCACCUAAUCCAGGGAAUCAUCGCCCCUCUUCUGAAUUUCCGCUAUUGUGUGAGAAAUGGGUGAAUACACACACACGCACACACAAAAAGUUGCGAAAAAAGGCGAAAGGACAGUAGAAAUGGUCAUGAAUUGAGGCGGCAAACAAUGCUCAAGCUCUGAUUGUGUGUGUGUGCACAAACAUGAGCCCAUGUGUGUGUGUGUGUAGAAGAAGCAGGAAAAGGUGUUUGUUGAAGAGAGAAUGAAACUUGAGAAGAAGAAGACGGAGCGCUUUUUUUGCAGCGAAAGUUGCCAACUGGGGACCUGGAGGAGUUUCGAAGGAUUUUUGAGGGAAUUGAAAGCUUCUGGAUGCUUCUGGAUGCUUCUGGAGGGUUUUGAAAAAUUGUACAGAGAUUUUGAGUGAUUUGGAGGGUUUUUUCAAAUCUUUUUCAGGUGGAUUAAGGGGGAUCUGAAUGGAUUUUAUAAGUAUAAUGUAUUUCUUGCAGACGAGCGCGACAACAUUCAGAAGAAGACGUUUACCAAAUGGGUCAAUAAACACUUAACCAAGGUGAGAUUCUGGGAGAAGAAACAUUUUUGUAACUGAAAAGUACCUUUUUGUAUUUCCGCUGAAAGUUGUACUUAUCCCCCGAAAACAGUACAUUCCAAGUGUAACAAAAUUUUUUUCUGGUCGAAUUUAAGCUGAACCACAAAUGUUUGCACUUUUCUUACGCGGCUUUCGGAGCUCUGAAAAUAAUGUUUGUUACAUAAAGUUUGGGGAAAUUUAUUUCGGCCCAGACUUUUGGGCCACAUGUAAUGAUUCGAUCGGGUCCAAACUUUGCAGGAUUCUCGGGAUUGGAUUGAAGUACGUUGUAGCCAAGUUUCCGGCCGAUCGGAUCAUAGGGUCCCGAGAUAUACUGGUUUUGCGAAAACGGCGACCUUCUCGGCCUCCGAUCCACAUAUCUCGGGACCAGAUGAUCCGAUCCGUCUGAAAGUUGGAUCCAGUUUACUUCAAUCCAAGUCCUAGAUGCCUGCAAAGUUUGAAUCCGAUCGGAUCAUAGUCUAGGUCUCAAAAAGCCUUCAAAAACCGCGGGCCAAAAACUGGAGAAAAACUCUAAAAAAAUCAAUAAUUUCAGACGGGUCUCAAAGUCGACGAUCUUUUUGUGGAUCUUCGCGACGGAUAUGCACUGAUUGCGUUGUUGGAGGCGCUCACCGGCGAGAGAAUUGUAAGCAAUUGAGAAGUUUGACCGUGAAUGCUGGAAAAUACCACUUUUUUCAGCAAAAAGAGAAUGGAUACACGCGAUUUCAUCGCAUUCAAAACGUUCAGUAUUGCUUGGACUUUUUGAAGAGGAAAAAUGUGAGUUCUUGCGUGGAAUUUGAUGGAAGAAUGAGACGUUGAAUGGAAUGUUCCACUUCGGCUCUUUAUUCAAUUUUACAGAUCAAACUGGUGAACAUUCGACCCGAGGACAUUGUGGAGGGCAACGGAAAACUGACGCUCGGCCUCAUCUGGACGAUCAUUCUCAACUUCCAGGUCUCGGUGAUCCGUCAACGACUGUUGCUCGAGUCUCAGCACGAAAUGAUGAUGAGCUCGUCGGCGACGUCGACGACAAAUCGACAGAGUGUCUCACAGGUCAACCCUUUGUUCCGCCUAACUCAAAUUAGAAUAACCCUUCUGUUCUCGCACUUUUUAAGCAGAUUUUUCGUCGAAACCCCGCAGACUUUUGCUCUGUUUUGAGAAAUAUGGUCAAUCAGGUGAGCCCCUCAUAAACACACACACACAAACUCCCAUAAGUACGCUUUUCUAAGUUUCGCCCCCCAAUUUGAACCGAGUCGAGUGUUCUCCUGUUUUCAACGCUUCCAUAUCACUGCAAAGCCUAACAAAUCUGGAAUUUCGGACUUUUUUGAAGCUCAGUUGAAAAAUGAUGAUUCUUCGCUAUUUUGCCAGUUCCGCGCACUUUUGGACCAUGUGGAAAACUGAAAUUGUUUGAUUCGUCACCUUUGUGUACAUCCUCUUUUUCGUCUUUUCCUUCCUUUUCCCCGUUUGACAUUUGAGGAAAGAACUUCUUCUUCUUCCUCUGCCAACUUGUUCUCCGGCCACACCCACUUUUCCCUUUUGCUUAUUAUUAUUCAACGCCGACGCCCCGGAAAAAGUACACAAAUCAAGUGAAAUGAUCCUGAAAAUGAGGUGUGGCAAAUGGAAUGUUUCCGGAAACUUUGAACCCUAAAAUUUCGAAAUAAUUUAUGACUGGAAUCAGAGAGAAUUAAUGGGCCCCCUCUCGACGGCGGAAGGCGUGAGAAUCAGAAGAAACACAGCAGUUGGAAUUUUUGGGUGUGGCCCCUUUGCCGAUCUCUUCUUCUUCUUUUUCUUCGUCUCCCUUCUUUUUUCUACCUUUUCUCGACGUCGUCUACCUCUUCUCAACCUUCGACGUCCAAAAUGAGUGUGGGUUAGGUUGGACGCGCGAGACAAACGGUGAUUUUUAAUCAGUUGAGGGCGGAAUGGCGAUGGGAUGGGCAUCUCAUUGCGUUUCCGGAGAGAAACAAAGCGACGACGGAACUUUAGGUUUUUUGCGGCAUGAAAUUGAUCAGAGAUUGGAAUUUUGAACGAUUUGAGAGUACCUGGGAUUGUUUUGAAGAGUUGGAAACGAUUGUAAAGUAGACGAACUAGUUCUGAACCCUUCCGCUCACAAUGAAACAAUUUUCACCGAUCUAAACGACUCUGACACGUUUUGAGUAAACCUGAAACUCUUUUUCAGCCAUGGAGCGAUUUUUGACAAUAUAGAACAAAUCUGAAGAUCCCAAGACUGUUUUUGAAGAGUUGGAAGCUAUUCUGAAGUAUCCGGACUAA